CUUUUAUGCCCUUAUCGUCUCAUCCCUUAUUAAUUUCCCGAAUUCCAAUCCCAUUUUGCUUUUUUCACACCAAAGCAAUAAUAGCAGAUCAAAUUUUCCCAAUCCCAAAUCCCAUUCCAAAGAACAUCGAAUUCACCUUUCUCUAAUAUGAUUACACAGAUCACCUGCGCAAGGAAAUGGAAAAACGCAUACAUAUAUGCAUACCUAUGUACCAGAGGAAGAGAUAGAGAAAGAGAUACAAAGAGAUGGAUAUCAAAUGGCAUCAACAGCAGGGAAUCAAGAAAGAACAGGACGUUUAUGUUCCCCAGAAAUCAUACGAUGAAGCUAACUCUGAUGUGGCUGAAGCUGCCGCCACCGUUGAGAUGAAAACUAAGUUUUUGGAGACCCUGAGGCAGAGAUUGAAAGCGCUGGAGGAAGAAGCUGAUACGCUUCGCCAAGCGAUGGCCAAGCAGGAGAGAGAGAUUCGCGUGGUCCAAGUUCCUCUCAGACAAAUGCCUCGAAUUGUCGUCACCAUUCUAAAACGAAUGGAUUUCGAUCGGACUCGUCAUCGCAGCUUAGAAGGUCAAACUGGUGGCUCUGCUGUGGCUGUUAAGGUAGAACCGAAGGUAGAGAUAAAGGAAGAGCCAAAGGAAGACAGUGACGCUCGUUCAAUAUUUGUUGGUAAUUGCAAGAAAGAAGUUUUAUCUGAUUCAUUUGAAGAAAUUGGAGGCAUUCCCGUUGUGGUUGACUAUGCAUGCACGCCUGAGCAAGUACAGCUUCAUUUUCAAUCUUGUGGGACCAUUAACAGGGUUACAGUUAUGACAGACACAUUUGGUCGGCCCAAAGGUUUUGCCUAUGUGGAGUUUGUGGAGAUUGAGGCUGUUCAAAAUGCUCUACUGCUGAAUGAAACAGAGCUAUGUGGUCGACUACUUAAGGUAUGUGUUAAGAGGACUAAUAUUCCUGGCAUGAAUCUGUAUCGUGGGUAUGGGAGCUUCCCGAGGUUUAAGCGUUCUGUGCACUACAAGCCAUAUUGAUGAAUCUUAUCUAAUUGUCAGCAUGCCAUCAGAUUGAUGAACUCUUUGCCUUUAUGCAUACAUUUACAUAUUUCAUAAAAUUUUUUCUUACUUUAAAGCCAUGCCUAAUGGAUUCGUGUUUGAUGAUUGAAACUGCUUUGCGACUUUAAUUGGUUGGACCCUGGAAUAAUAUUGCGCUUACAUUUUCAUAUAGGAAACGGAAGUGAAAAAACAAACAAACCUUGGUUUGUUUUAUUGUUAUCAUGUUGUGGCUGAGUUGUUUUCAACCGUUCAAUUUCUUAUGGUUGGUUUCUUUGCUACCAUCUAUUUUCUUACAUUUGUUUGCCCGCGACACAUGCUCGUAACAUGUUUU